AGAAAUUGCCAAAAAAUACAAUGAAAAACAUUCAACAUGAUACUAAAUUAAAUUUUGGCCUUUGUUAUAAUCGUUAUGUAUUUUAUUAAAAGAAAUACUUUUUUUGAUUCGGCAUAUAAAUUUAUGCGGUUGUAUAGUUCUAGUAAAAAGACGCACUAUGAAGUUCUUAACUUACAGAAAAACUGUACGGAUAAAGACAUAAAGAAUGCCUUUAUCCAGAUGAGCAAAGAGUAUCAUCCAGAUAAAAAUAAAAAUGAAAAGGCUCAAGAAAAUUUUGUUCGUAUUGUUGAAGCAUAUAAUGUCCUCGGUAAACCUAGCAGCAGAGCUCAAUAUGAUCAGAUUUCACACCUAGAUAAUCAGAAUACCUAUUCAUAUGUUUAUAAAACACAUACACCUUAUAAUUGGAGAACCACCUAUAAUGGACAAUCAAAUUACCAGAAUUAUAAUGAAAAAACAAAUUCAUAUUAUGGUGUGAAAGGGUGGAAAAAGAUGUCCAAUACUGAUUUGAUUUUGAUUUGCUUUGGUAUUGCAAUUGUGGGUGUCAUUUUACAAGUUGUUAUUAUCAGGGAGUCUUAUCAUAUUCAUCGAAAGAAAAAUGACGAUAAAUCUAUAAAGCUGGCAGAAGAGUUGGAAAAAGUCAGAGCUACUGCUAGAGGAAAAACUAGAGACAUGCAAACACAAGUAUUGCUGGAUAAAAUAGUGACAGCGGCUAACCCAAGCGUCGCCACAGCUUCACUUGGACAGACAUUAGCUGAUGACAAAAAGUGAUUUCAACUUCUAAUUCAAAAUUUAUAUAUUUUUGAUCGAAUUGACAUUGUAAAUAUUUAUAGUUAAGUAGACUUACUGUCUUAGAUAGAUUUUUAAAAAUUUGU